UUUAACAGGCAAAAUUUGGAGCCUCAUAAGUCAUACAUACCUGAUGGCCUUGCACUUUCAUGGCUUUGAACUUCAGCACUGUUCCUCUGCAACCAAAACAUCUCGGUUUUCUUGUUCCUAACCAGAAACAUGAUCCCUUUAAGCUGUAUUAUUCUCAAGCUUCUUCCUUAAGAAGAGCUGCUAUUUCUGAAGAAGGAGAUGGAAGAGUCACUGAGGAGGAGCUUCCUACUUACUCUGGGUCAUUAUCUUCUGCUCGAACGCAGCUAGAUCUCUUGGAUCAGCUCACAUCCAGCAGCUCAGGAGUUAAUGGUUAUGAAAGUGAUAAUAUCUCUGGUAAACCUACAAUUCGUGAUCAGCUCGCUAAUUUGGUUGGUGAUCGAGACGAUGACUUCAGCAUUCCUUUGGGUAAGAAUCUGAAGAAGGUUAGUGCCAAGUUCUUAACUACUUCACAGAAAAGAAACAUCAGAAGACAAGCCUAUCUGACUGAAGUAUCUCGGAGGAACGACUCAACUUUCUUUGCUACAAUCGGAGCAUUUGUCAUCCUUCCACCCAUUGUCAUAUUAGGAAUUGCAAUAGCGACAGGUUAUGUGCAGUUAUUUCCAUGACUUGUAUAAAUACUUUAUAUAAAGAUUCACUGUUUCUGUUACUAAUAUAGUGAAACUUUAUAAGAUUGUAAAAGUCCGUGUAACUCUCGAGAUGAAUGGUCACUUGGAGUUCUAAACUAA